AUGGCCUGGGUGGGAAACCAGACUUUCAUCUCCCACUUCAUCCUCCUGGGCCUCUUCACCCACUCGCCAUUACACCUCUUCCUCUUCUCCAUCAUCAUGAUCAUGUUUCUGGUGGCCCUUUCUGGCAAUGGGCUCAUGAUCCUCCUCAUCAAUGUCGACUCCAGCCUCCACAGCCCCAUGUACUUUUUCCUCAGCUGGCUGUCACUCAUGGACCUCAUGCUCAUCUCCACCAUUGUGCCACGGAUGGCCGCUGACUUUCUGCUUGGCGGUGGCUCCAUCUCCUUUACAGGCUGUGGACUCCAGAUCCUUUUCUUCCUCACCCUCUUGGGGGAUGAAUGCUUCCUGUUGGCCUUCAUGGCCUACGACCGCUACGUGGCCAUCAGCAACCCACUGAGGUACUCAGUGGUUAUGAGUCGCCGAGUCUGCUGGCUCAUGGUGGCAGGGUCCUGGCUCUUUGGACUGGUGGAUGGGCUGAUCCAGGCUGUCUUCACCCUCCGCUUCCCCUACUGUGGUUCCCAGGAGAUAGACCACUUCUUUUGUGAGGUCCCUGCAGUGCUCAAGCUGGCCUGCGCUGACACCUCCCUCUAUGAGACCAUGAUCUAUGUCUGCUGUGUCCUCAUGCUGCUCCUGCCUUUCUCUGUCAUCUCGGCCUCCUACCUGAGGAUCCUGGUGGCAGUGCUCCGCAUGCGCUCUGUGGAAGGCCGGCAGAAGGCUUUUGCUACCUGUUCCUCCCAUAUGACCGUGGUCUCCCUCUUCUAUGGGGCAGCCAUGAUUACCUACAUGCGACCCCAGGCCUACCACUCCUCCAAGCAGGACAAAGUGGUCUCUGCCUUCUACACCAUGAUCACCCCCAUGCUCAAUCCUCUCAUCUACAGUCUGAGGAACAAGGAAGUGGCCGGGGCUUUGAGGAAACUCCUGGGAAGGUGCCCCUGUGGGCACUAA